AUGUACAACCGCGCGGACAAGGCUCCUUUGGCUCUGUUCAUCGUGAGCCAAAUUUGCAUCUACCUAGGCCCAGUCACGGCCUUUUUCGGUGGGCUUAUGGCCAUAGUUGAGGGUUUGAGCGGCUCUGGAGUUUCAUUGACGGCCAAUGCGAAAGCCAAGGAGUCGACUAAGAAGAUGGGACAUACUCUCCUCCUUGUUGCCCUCGCACUCCAGGUCUGCGUCAUCUUCAUAUUCGUCUAUCUCUCCGUCGUCUUUCAUCGACGAUGCAUCAAGGCUCGAGUUCCCGCGCAAAGCAAAGCUGUGAGAUCGACCCUGAUGACACUCUACCUGAGCAUGGCGCUGAUAUUCGUACGCUGCGUCUUCCGCCUCGUCGAGAUGGCAACAAGCUCGACGAGUGUGGAUAUUACAAGCAUGGAGCGUUUGAUGAAGUUGAGUCCUGUCCUUCGGAACGAGGCGUACUUUUACGCCUUCGAGGCGAGCCUGAUGCUCAUCAACUCUGUUCUCUGGAACGUGCGACACCCUGGACCAUAUCUGCCUGGAGACACUCACAUCUACCUGGCACAAGACGGAACGGAGGUUGAGGGAGGAGGAGACGGAAGUGAGGACCGACCACUCCUGCUCAACAUGGCCAACACUUUGAUGUUCGGUUUACUCUACCGAGAUGAUAAAGACAACAUGCAUUCUCAAGCCCAGGAGCUUCAGGAGGUACCGGAUAGCAACGGCAAUACUCGGUUUGGACUUCGCCAUGGUGGGCGCGCUACCUAG